CCUGCGCUCCGGAGCCGCCGGCGGCAGCAGCAUGGAGCGGGUCCCGCGGCUCGUGGCCGCCGCAGUGCUCGUGGGGUGCUGCGCGCGGCUCUGCCCCGCUCUGAGCAGUGGGAUGGGCUCCACUCGGGGCACGGCCGUCCCCUGCGCCCACCCGGGGGAGCGCUGUCGGACAGAUCCGCAGCACGGAGCGGGGUGGCUGCAAACAGAGGCUGAGCUGUUCCCCUUCCCUGGGACCCCGCCCGGGACCGCUGAGCCCCUCAGUACCAGCAGCAGCCCCAGUGAGGCCGGGACGGUCCCUGCGGUGCGGGAUGGAGUGAGCACCGAGGCACAGCCUUCACCCUCUGCUGGUACCCCUGAUGCAGCUGCAGGCAGGGAGGGAACGUCUCCCAUGCACCCUGGGGAGAGCCCGGCCAGGGAGCUCACAGCAGUCCCCGUGGAGCUGAGCACAGCUCCAGCCAUCAGCGCUGCCCCCGGGACUGAGCCCAUAGGACAUGAGAAGGCAGAAAGUGCCCCAGCCUCACGGAGGACCCUCUUGCAUUCAUCGUCCCAUGUGACGGUGCCCAGCAGCACUGGGGGGCAGUGGGGAACCCCCAGCACUGUGAGGACAGAAUUCACAUGGAGCUGGGGGGGCUCACUCAGCCCCUCGCACCCAGAGCCGUGGGGCAGGGAUGCCACCAUCCCACCCGGUGACAGCAGAGCAGGGACCUCCCAGGGCCACACAACAGACAGCCCUGUGCCAGGGACGAGUGGGACACUGCCUUUUGCGGGGGGGCUGCAGAGUCUGCAGGGCCCCCCUGGGGAACUGGGAAGGAUGCAUCAGGUGCUGGCAGGGACAGGGCCAGCAAGAGAGUCCCACCCAUUGCAGGGGACAACCAUGGCCUGGCUGGGUCCUCAUGCCACGUCCCGCCCCCCCUCUGCUGUCCCUGGGGGUUGGUGGCCGUGGAGGGCUGAUGUGGCAGCCCAGGGGCCCUGGGACCAGCACAGCCCUACUGCCCAUAGAGUCACGUCUGCCUCUUGACCCUAGCACCACAGCCACUGCCCCAGGUGUGAUGUCCCCUGGCCCUGAGGGAGCUGCAGACCUGACCACGGAGGUGUUGGGGCUGCCCAACACUCAGGGUCCCCCUGGGCCCAACCGUGUCCCCAUGAACCAGACCUGGCAUAUCUCAGCCUUGCCAGGGGAAGCCCCAACCUCACGGGGCCCACAGUCCUCCCCGGGGCUCAGCCCCACUGCAGACACCCCCCCAGCAUUGUCCCCAGAGCGUGAACAUGCUGUGAGCCCUCAGGUCUCAGGAGGGACCCCGGUGUGGGCAGGUGAUGCUGGGCCUUGGGCAGUGACUGCAGCACCGAGCACAGCCCUUCCCGUGGCCCCCAACUCUCCACUGCAGCCAGCCCAGACCCAACCCACACCGACUCCACUACUGCUGAGCACCACCACCAGCAUCACCACCACUGUUACCAGCACAGCCACCGCCACUGCCACCAGCACAGCCACUGCCACCAGCACACCUACUGCCACCAGCCCCGCACUGCUCAGGGAUGAGAGGACAGCCCCGCUGGAGCCCAGCACUGCUACAUGUCAGGGGGCUGUGGAGGAGCUGAUGCGGGGGCCCAGUGUGGUGCCGGGGUCCCCCCAUCAGCCCACAGACCCCCCCCGGAGUGAAGAGCCUCCCCCAGCACAGAGCAGCCCCCCAGAGUGGCCACACGCCGACCCCACAUGCGUGACACCGAACCCAGGGGCAGCAGGCAGGGCCACCCCGGUGUUCAUCGCAGAGGAUGAACCGCCGCUGCUGCGAGCCUCCCUCCUGCGCGUGCCCUGCGAGCUGGCGCUGGACAUGGCCUUCGUGCCCGCCCUGCGCGACCCCACGUCCCACGAGCACCACGUGCUGCUGAGCAGCCUCAACCGGACGGUGAGCGUAGGGCCGCCCCGCGGGGAGGAGCAUCGCGUGUGGGCGGUCCCGCAUGGCACCCAUGGCUCCCACGCAGGUGGCGCCCCGGCUGGCGGCGGUGCCCGGCUUCGUGCGCCUCGAGGUGACGGCCGUCAGGUAGGGACGGCCCCGCAGUGCCCGGCGUUCCCGCGGCGGUGCGGGGUGGUGCGGGGCGCAGCCGCAGUGCCGUGUCCCGCAGGGCGGGCAGCCCCCGUCAGGUGGUGCUGCACUACGACGCGCUGUUCGCGGCCGAGCUCGUGCGGGCGGCGGCGCUGGGAGCGCUCCUCGACGCGGCGCUGCGCUCCGGCGGAGCUGCGGCGGUGGGCACCGCCCGCGUGUUGCGGCACACGGCCCGCGGUGAGUGCGGGCGGGCGGCGCGGGGCCCGGCGGCCCUCGGGGGGUGCGGAGCGGCACGGCCCCGCCGCCGUCCUCCCUUCCCGGUCUCCUCGCAGCGCCGGAGCCCUGCGCAGCGCUGUUCUCCUGCCCCGACGGCUUCGCCUGCGUUGUGGGAGCGGACGGGAACGCCACGUGCACGUCCCUCUGCCACCGCGACUACUGCCGCAACCACGGCGUGUGCGCGCACCCCCGCGGCCGCGGCCCGCUCUGCCGGUGCCCCGCGGGCAGCGACGUUUGGUUCGUGGGGCUGCGCUGCGAGCGGCGAGUGACGCUGCCGGGGCUGCUGGGCGCGGCCGCGGGCGCUCUGCUCGGCGUCGUCCUCCUGGGGAUCGCCGUCGGGGCCGCCGUGGUCCGCAGGUUCCGGGCGCUGCUGCGGGAGGCGCGGGCCGAGCAGGGCCGCAGCAGGUGGGUGCGGGCGGGGAUCGGGGCCGUUGGGACGGGGCGGGCGGCCCCGGGGGACGGACGGCGCCCCGGAGCUCCGCAGCGCUCACCGCCCGCAGCUACCGCCGCUUCUGCCGCCCGGACGAGGCCGCGGCUCCGCACUGGGCGCGCUCGUGGCCGGGCUCGGGCAGCUCCCUGGACAACCCCGCCUUCAGCCGCUCGGAGGAGCUCCUGCACCUGCACCUCCCGGACGACGGCUGCUGCUGCCGCCGGGACCCGCUCGGCGCCGCGCAGCGCCCGGAGCCGCCCGCCCGCGGGCACGGCUUCCAGUAUGGCUGGGACACGAGCUGCAGCAGCAUGAACGAGCCCAUGGUCGACUCAGGCAAAGCCAGUGACAUCUCGGUGUCCAGCUGGCCCGUGGAGCCCAACCCCUGGGCGCCCUUCUCCCUCCUGCAGCAGCUCUCCAGGCAGCAACCGCCCCCCCCUCUCCCCAGCAGCCAGGCAGGCGGCCGCGCUCCUUCUGCGAGGGGAUGGAGCUGUCCACGCUGGAGCGGAGUUGGACCGCCUGAGCGCUACAGACUGAAGCACGGCACCGAGCAUCAGCUUUAAAACCAACCACAUUUUAUUUCCACGUAACAAGCUCAGUGAAAGAAGUCCAAACACUUUGACAAUACAAUCAACGCGGGCGUGAUGUCAGUUCCACUCGAUGCGGAGUCCUGAAAGAUUAUCAGGCAACGGUUUCACCGGGGUCAGAGCAGACUUGGGGAGCCAGCUUGGGCUGGGACAGCGUCGUUCAUAGCGAGUAGGUACAGAGAAGUGUCCAAUAACACACAAUGCUGGCAUCCAACAGAGUUAAUGACUUACAUCCGGCAAUUGGAAAAGAAAGGCUAACAGAUUGUUGAAGUCACAUCAUACUAUGUACAUAUAUGGUCUGCCCUCUAGCCAUUUCAGAACAAGCUAAGCCACUGUGAAGUGAAAUACAAAGUAAGCGCUGCUGCAUUGUUUGUCAUGAUUAAUGUAAAUGAGGUAUAAAUUUAAACACCAGUACGUUUUAAGCAUUAAAGUUUAUUUUCCAAAA